AAGGCCCAAACAGGGAUGGCCUCAACCCAUCUUCGUUGACUCCCAUUAUAUACCUCCCAAACUCGAUGCCAUCAAUCUCUGUCCCAUCAAUCCAAUUAUGGAAGCAGACUUCUUCUCCUCUCCCGCAAUGGUCGCCUUCGACCCCCUCAUCCACAUCCAAUCCCUCUACUUCGAUCUCUCCAUCCUCCACGACAAAAUCCAUCAACUUCAAUUCCUCAUCGGCAGCCUUACCUCCCCCGACGCCAACGCCGUCAUCCAGGACAUGAUCUCCGUCGCGUCUGCAAUUCUCUCAACUCUCCAGCAGCUGGCGUUCUGUUCCCCCGCCGCACCCGCUCCACAAACUCAUGACAAUUGCCGCAGCGCGCGCGCUCCGCAGCCGGGACACGACGUGGUCGAGAUUGACGCGGGCGCGCUGUUAGCCAAAUACACGCACUACUGCCACGUGUGCGGGAAGGGGUUCCGGCGCGACGCGAACUUGAGAAUGCACAUGCGGGCGCACGGAGAUGCGUAUAAGACGAGGGAAGCGCUGACCAAAGGAGGAGGAGGAGGGAUUUCGCAUCGAGGGGAACAGAGCGCGAGUGCUGCGGGUAAGAACAAGUACUCGUGCCCGCAGGAAGGGUGUAGGUGGAAUUGGAAGCACGAGAAGUUCCAGCCGCUUAAAUCGGUGGCGUGCGCGAAAAAUCAUUAUAAGAGAACUCAUUGCCCGAAGCUUUACGUGUGCAGCCGGUGCGGGAGCAAGGAGUUUUCGGUGCUUUCGGAUCUGAGGACGCAUGAGAAGCAUUGUGGAAACCCGAGAUGGCGCUGCUCGUGCGGCACGACUUUCUCGCGCAAGGAUAAGCUUUUGGGCCACGUGGCGUUGUUUGUUGGGCAUGUGCAGGUGCCGGAAGGUGAUGCUUUUGAUGUGGGGCGGCAGCAGGACUUGCAGUGGAUUGCUGGGAACUGGGAUGGAAGGGAUGAUCAUUCUCUAAAUUGACGAGGUCACGGGCAUGUGCAUGGAAACAUCUAUACAUAGCACAGAAUUUGUAUGUGUUUACAUAUGUCGUGCCUCAUUCAAACUUUA